AACACAGUGAGUCACUCUCAACUCUCAGUCUCUCACCCAUCCCUUUGUCUCUCUCUCAAAGUUGAAUCUUUUCUUGGAAUGGGUUUGGUAGAAGAAGCUCAUCCCUUGAUCAUUCAACUCUCGUUGUACUAAAAUACUUCCAACUUCCCACUUCACUCUCUUCGAUUUUAGGUUUUCACUGUGAAAAUGAGAAAGACACUUCAUGUUUCUGGUUUCCCCAAACUUAUUGCUGCUGAAGAAGUGAAAAAGUUCUUGGAGGACCGUACGAGCCCGGGAGCUGUGGAGGCUCUAGAAGUGAGGCCGGGGAAGAGGGGUUCGAGGGCUUAUGCCAAAGUCCAGUUUACAAGUAGAGAAUAUGCUGAGGAUAUCAUACAUUUGGCAAAUAUUGGCCUCUAUUAUCAUCUGGGAACUAGUCGCUCUUAUUUAAAGGCUUUUGAACAGGAUACCAACUUUGUGAAUCCUAAAUCAUUUAAACAUGAGAUGGAUGGUGUGACUCUGAAUUUUGGGUGUCAGGUGUCUAAACAAAAGUUUUCUGUGCUAUGGAGAGCUCAAGAUGUUUCUGUUAAAUUUGGAGCAGGGCUGAAGAAAUUUCACUUCUUUUUGAGCCAUCGUAAUGUUGAAUACAGGCUUCAGCUGUCGUACGAAAAUAUAUGGCAAAUUGUGCUGCAUAAUUCGAGUGGUCGAACUGCAAAGCUUCUUCUCAUACAGUUAUAUGGAGCUCCUCGGAUCCACAAGAAGCUCGAUUCAAUUUAUAGUUUUUUCAAGGAUAUUCCGGAUGAUCAGUGGAUUAGGACGACAGAUUUCACUCCAUCAUGUAUCGGACAAUCUUCUGGCAUGUGUCUCCAGAUUCCUCACGGCAUGAAGCUCCCAGAUUUUAAGCACAACUUUGUAUACUACAGUGUAAGUGACACACCAUUGGUCUUAGAGAAUGGAGCCCCGUUCUCUGCAGAUUCACCUCUGGUUCCAAUUGUACAACCCCCGCAUGGGGUUGAGCUGCCUUACAGAUUACUAUUCAAGGUCUGCACAUUGGUGCAAAACGGAUGCAUUCCUGGAAUGAAGCUAGAUAGAGAUUUUUUCCGUUGUGUGAAUCCCGAAAUGCAUGAUAUUAGAUACAUAGAGCAUGCAUUAGAGAAGCUUUACUACCUAAAGGAAUGCUGCUAUGAUCCUGUGGCAUGGCUUCGUGAGCAAUACCGUAAGUACCAAACAUCCGAGGAACUACCUAAAUCUCCUACCAUUAGUUUGGAUGAUGGUCUGGUGUAUGUUCACCGGGUUCAAGUUACUCCAACCAAAGUCUACUUCGCUGGACCUGAAGUGAACAUGUCAAACCGUGUCCUCCGCCAAUUUUCUGGCCACAUUGACAAUUUCCUUCGUGUUUCGUUCGUUGACGAGGAGUGGGAUAAGAUGUAUUCGACUGAUUUAUCCCCAAGGGUAGCCACCUCUAUUGGCAAUGGAAGGACAAAGCUGUACGAGAGAGUACUUUCUACCUUGAGGAAUGGCAUAAGAAUAGGGGACAAGAAGUUUGAAUUUCUUGCAUUCUCCUCGAGUCAGUUGAGGGAGAAUUCCCUCUGGAUGUUUGCUGCUUCAGCUAGAAACCUCAAUGCUGAUUAUAUAAGGCAGUGGAUGGGUGAUUUCAGUUCCAUACGGAAUGUCGCAAAGUAUGCUGCAAGGCUUGGUCAGUCCUUUGGUUCGUCGACAGAAACACUAAGUGUUGCUCGGGAAGAGGUUGAAAGAAUCCCUGAUGUUAAGGUUGUUACAGAUGGGACCACAUAUACCUUUUCUGAUGGGAUAGGGAAAAUAUCAUCUGAUUUUGCUCGAAGGGUUGCUAAUAAAUGUAAAAUCAGAGGUAGUGUUCCAUCUGCCUUUCAGAUCAGGUACGGUGGCUACAAAGGUGUCGUUGCAGUUGAUCCCACUUCAUGGGUAAAGCUCUCAUUGAGGGAUAGUAUGCUGAAGUAUCAAUCAGACAACACGAAGCUAGAUGUUCUAUCAUGGAGCAAGUAUCAACCGUGUUUCAUGAAUCGCCAGAUCAUCACACUCUUGUCCACCCUUGGAGUGAGUGAUCGCGUCUUUCUGGUGAAGCAGAGGGAGGCAGUAGCUCAGCUCGAUGCUAUCUUAGUCGAUCCACUAAAAGCUGAGGAAGCACUGGACUUGAUGGCUCCCGGAGAAAAUACCAACAUCUUGAAAGAAAUGUUGAAAUGCGGCUACAAGCCUGAUGAAGAGCCGUUUCUCUCAAUGAUGCUGCAGAAUUUCCGCUCAGCAAAGCUGCUCGAUUUACGGGUGAAGGCAAGAAUAUUCGUCCCACAAGCUCGCCAAAUGAUGGGAUGUAUGGAUGAAACUGGCACCUUGGAAUACGGACAGGUGUUUGUGCAAUUUUCAGGCACCGGAAGCAGUGGGGAUUCAACUGGCUUCAAGUACACCAUUACAGGAAAGGUAGCUGUGGCUAAGAACCCGUGUCUGCACCCGGGCGACGUCCGUGUUCUCAGAGCUGUCAACGUGCCAGAACUAAGCCACAUGGUGGACUGUGUCGUCUUCCCACAAAAAGGAAAGAGACCUCAUCCAAAUGAGUGCUCUGGGAGUGAUUUGGAUGGAGACAUAUACUUCGUGUGUUGGGAUCCUCAGUUGAUUCCACCUCGUCAAGAAUCUCCGAUGACUUAUGAUCCUGCUCCUAACACACAACUUGAUCACGAUGUCACCAUUGAGGAAGUUGAAGAAUACUUCACAAAUUACAUUGUUAACGACAGUUUGGGGAUCAUAGCCAAUGCACAUACUGUCUUUGCUGACAAAGAGUUUAGCAUGGCAUUAAGCAGUCCAUGUGUAGAGCUGGCCAGACUUUUCUCAGUUGCAGUCGACUUUCCCAAGACCGGAAUCCCUGCAGAAAUCCCUCCUUACCUUCGUGUGAAAGAGUACCCAGAUUUUAUGGACAAGCCCGACAAGACGACGUACCAAUCGGAGCGGGUCAUCGGGAAGCUCUACCGCGAGGUGAAGGAUAUCGCCCCUCACACAUCUUCUGUGAAGAGCUUCACCAUAGAAGUGGCUAUAAAAUCUUACGAUAGUGACAUGGAAGUCGAAGGAUUCAGAGAGUACAUUGACGAAGCCUUUGAGUAUAAGACUGAGUAUGAUUACAAGCUGGGGAACUUGAUGGACUACUAUGGCAUCAAGACUGAGGCUGAGAUACUGAGCGGUGCCAUCAUGAAGACGUCAAAGACUUUUGAUCGGAGGAAAGAUGCAGAUGCUAUUGGGGCAGCCGUGAGGGCCCUUAGGAGUGAGGCUAGGUCGUGGUUUAAGAACGGAAGCGAAUCGCGGGAUGCCUAUGCAAUGGCUUCGGCUUGGUAUCACGUGACUUAUGAUUCUUCUUUCUACGGCUGCUACAAUGUGGGGAUGAAUAGGAGGGAUCACUACAUCAGCUUUCCAUGGUGUGUUUACGACAAGCUUGUCCAGAUCAAGAGGGAUUCACUUAAUAGGCAUUUCAGACGAGGUUUGAGCCUGGGAUGAGUAUUUAGUGUUUACCGAAUACCCUUUUGCCUCUCUCUGCUGCAAUGUGUGAAUAUGCAGCAUAACUACUAGAUUUGGUGUGUAUAAAACUAAUGUAUAUAUCGUUUGUGGACUUAUCCAGUUAGACUAUGUUAUUUUCAA